AUCAAUGUCAUUUACAUAGAGAGCUGAAAAGUGAGAAGUCUGAGCGGGGCAGGUGAGAGACGACCAAGGGAUACAGUGAGAGUAGGACCCCCAGGCGUAUGCUGAUGCUUGCACUGAGGCUACUAAUGAAAGCUUUGUGAGCACACCUGCAACAGCUUGACUUUCACGUGUAAAACCUGGCAUAGCACCCAAGGACCGGGGAUUACCUCCUCUGUGGGACCCCGCAGUCAUAGAACUUGAUCUAAAGAUGUGUUUUCGUCUAUAGAAGGUUGGACCAAACCAGAGAGUUCUUUAAUACACUACAAAGACAGAGAGAGUAAUCUGGAACAUCCUAACUGUACAGAGAAUCCACAGGGACACAGAAGAGAAAGGGGGGAAAAGGGAGUACCAAGCCACAGACAAAGAAAGGGAGAAACGGAUAGAUAACAUGGCACAGAUCCCUCAGGUGUGGCACACCCAGUUUCUGCCCCAGGAAGACAAAGUGGACUGGGACAAGAAGGUAUCGGUGGUCAGCCAGCCAGAGUGCUCUAUCUGUUACAACACCUACGACAACGUCUUCAAGACGCCCAAGCUGCUGCAAUGCACCCACACUUUCUGUCUGGAGUGCCUGUCGCGCCUCACGGCGAUUUCCCUCCAAGAGCAGGAAGGAGGAGGCAGCAGCAACAUCCUCUGUCCCUUCUGCCGCCACCCGACCCCGAUACCUGAGGAGGGUCCUCCGGCCCUAGCCACCAGCCGGGAGGUCCUGUGUAAACUGCCCAGCCACCAACAGCACGAGGAGCCUGUGUGGCUGGACGGGGAGAAGCUGUGCUACAAGCGGGACCUGGACGCUGGCCCCGGAGCCUCUAGCUCCACCUCUGCCUUCUGUGUUUGCAUCGACAUCGGGGCCAGCAAAGCAGAUGAGGUCCCUGCUCAGACGCGACCCCACCGCAUGGGUUUCGUGGAGUGCAUGACCGACUGGAAGAGGCUUCUCCUCUUCAUCACGCUAAUGGUGCUGAUGGCGGUUAUUGUGCUGUGGCCCCUUCAGUGCAUCGUCACCACAGGAAACAUGCGUUGCUUGCCGCGCUCUGACGGCUCGGUACCUGGCUCUGGCAUCACCACGGUUACCCCAUUUACCACGAUGAAACGCCUUUAAUUAAAAGACUGUAUGUAAUAUGCCAGAUCCCACUUCUUCCAAUGCCACACUGGUUUACAAGCACACAGAUCCCCAGAGAGAGCUCUAGUAAGAGGCUGAUCUACAGUAUCUAUUCUGUGUCAUCUUCUCCUCUUUUGCCUACAAAGGAAUGAACUUCCUUAAGUCAGGAAAUACCUAAAAUGCCACAGAUAAGAAAAUGGAUGAGGGGUCAGACGUAAGUGGCAGCACUACUAGAGCGUGUUCUCCCACUACAUGAACAAAGACAGAUUUCAGAACAUUGUAUCAAGGAAGAUUGACUAUUGCAGUUUAUUUUGAAAAACAAAAACUCCAUUCAUUUUUUUUGUGCAAUUGCUAAUGGUGUGCUUAAAAUUUGUAAUUAAAUACAUAUUAAAUUCAUACACUAUCACUAACUGAUUUGUAGAAAAAAUACAGUAUAUUUGGAUGAACCAUGUUGUAGUGGGACAUAAUCUCUGUGAAAUCUAUUGAUAUCUAAAGUAUUGGCCAAUGAGAGUGACAGUAAUUGGGUGAUUGUUUAUUAUACCUAAUGCAACUUUAAUCUGGACUUUGCUUCACAACACAUUGAAUGCAACUGUGUAUCCAAACCAAAACAGACACUCACAGUCAAUGAUUUAAACUCAAAAAGCAACUUGAUCUGUGUUAAUUGACUGAUUUGUAUAUUUAUUUUUGCCAAAACAAGCUUAAACUGUAAGUGUAUGUAAAG